AGUGUCUCAAAGCAGUUUCAGAAGUUCACUGCCAUAGACAUACAACAUACUGUUCAUCCCUAUUCUGAUUCACGAUGCGAGCGCUGUCUCUUCUCCUCAUCUGUGUCUGGGUGCUGAGAGGCUCCACUUCAAUGUCCAUAUUGAGUGUUGGAUGUGGGAUUGAGAAAGUUUGCUUCAGCCAACCUACCGACUGCAACCCUGCUGCUGACAUGAGCUGCUACUUCAUGUCGGUCAUGUCAUCGCCCAAUACUUCAGCAAUCACUAUUGAGCUCCAGGGUCAGGCAAAUGGUUACAUCUCCUUUGGAUUUUCAGAUGACAAGAUGAUGGGGAAUGAUGACAUCUACAUUUGUGGUACUGACAGCAAUGGUACUGUCCAAGUUCAGCAUGCCUUUUCCACUGGGAAAAGCAGACCAACAAUACUCUCACUGGGUAAUGUUUCAGAUAUUACAGCAUCAAUGAUGCAUGGAGUGAUCAGCUGUUCUUUCAUUUCACGAAACCCCAUCAGCACUGUGAGGACCACUGGACAGGACAGCACCUAUUUCCUCAUGUUCGCCUACGGCUCCAGUAUUGAUGGUUUAAUCCAGUAUCAUGGUGGUAAUAAAUUUGUCAGCAGUUCCAGAGUGGAUAUAUUCAACCCACAGAUCCUGGCAAGUGCUCCACGGCAUCAGAUCACUAAAGCCCAUGGCUCACUUAUGCUGAUUGCAUGGAUGACCACUACUAGCAUUGGCAUGAUCUCUGCACGUUAUUUGAAGGCAGUCACCAAAGGAAGGGGCUGCUGUGGCAAAGACUUCUGGUUCUUGGCACAUGUUUCUUUAAUGUCCCUUUCUGUUGUUAUGACCGCUGCUUCAUUCAUCCUGGUGUUUGCACACAAGAGAAGGUGGAGUGGGGGGGCUCACUCAGUAUUAGGAUGCAUAGUCAUGAUCCUCAGCCUGAUUCAGCCAAUUGCAGCUGCAUUCCGCUGUGCACCUCAACACAAAAGGAGAUUCAUUUUCAAUUGGCUGCAUGCUCUCAAUGCGGUGGUCAUUAAGGUUCUUGCAGUGGCAGCCUUAUUCACUGGAUUGUUGCGAUUUGAUGGGUCUCGGAUCCAUUGGCUUGCCAAGGUGAUGGGAGGAUUUGUCGGCUGGGAGGUGCUGUUUUACAUCAUUCAAGAUGCUUACAAGUGGUGGAGGAGAAAAGAUGAAGACGAAUCCGCUCUUGGACUGGUUCACACAGAAAUUAUUCUUGUGGUCCUGUUCUUCCUUGGGAACUUGGCAUUCUUACUGGCACUCCUGAUCGGAAUUGGCACGGCAUAGAGUUUAGAGUUUCUACGUUUGUACAUACAUUCAGGUUUAUCAGAUAUUCAAUUAGUAGUGUUCACUGCAACAUGACGUGCUAAACACUCUGAACUCGCCAUGCUGGUGUAUGAUGCAGUAACCUAUUGCCUCCACUGGCUGGCAUGAUACAAGCUGAUAGCUGUGCUGCUUUCGGAUUAAAGUAUAACACUAAAUAUGAAUACUAAAUAAUAAUGAAUUGUUUAUAAGUAGGCUAAUUUAGUCAAUGAGCGAGAAUGUCUGAAUGUUUGCUAAAAACAUCUAGUGCUGAACAUGUACCAUCAAAUUCAUUUCAUACAUUUACCAUGUUAUUAAAGGGAUUCUCUGUCCAAAAUAAAAAAAUAAUCACAACUACAUCUGUGGUGAACAAGCUUGAUUGCAUCAUACAACAAUUACAAUGCCAUAGUAGUCUCUAAAGUGAUAUUUUCUGGUUAAAAGAUCAGGAAGACACUCUUCUGAUGAUGUAUCUUGAAGGAGGAACUUUUUUUUGAACUUUUGAAACCUACAGCUACUUUGGGGUGGAUUUUUGGGGGAAGGCCUUUUGAAACGGUUUUUCUUGUUAGUUUUCUGUUAGCUAAAAUAUGCAAAAAGAAACUUAGUGCUGAACUGUUAAUGUCUUGUAUCUUAUUGCAGCCGUUUAACUGUGGUAACUGUCUUCAUACUCUCUUCACUGAGGAGAGUAUGAAUUACUCCAAAGGUAGAAUUUAUGACUUUAUGAAUUUAUGUAGUCCCACAGCGAUUGCCAGUGACUGUAUGUUCUCAUGUUGAGAAUUGCCUCUCAAUAAUGUUUUCUUAGCUGCUCCCGAGAGUCAAAAUUAUUGGGUGCAAAAUUAUAGUUAAAUAUCUGUUCAUUCUUAUACAAUGCACUCGUUUCUCAACGCAGAAUAUCAUUAAAUAUUUCAACACUGUUGUCUUAUUUUUGACUGAUGUUGAACACCAAACAGCUCUGGGAAGUUUUAAGUGAUUUUUAAAGCAGAAUAAAUCUUUCUACUUUCUACUACCAGAAUUAA